AUGGCCGAUCUCACCCAGCUCCAGCAGACCGUUGAGGUCCUGCAAAGAGAAGUCACUCGUCUUCGCGACCAAGAGGAGAUUCGAAAGCUUCAAUACAAGUAUGGCUACUACAUUGACAAGUGCCUAUACGAGGAGGUCGUCGAGCUGUUCUCCGAGUCUCCCGACGCCUACGUCCAAUUCCUCGGCGGCCGCUACCGCACCAAAGCCGGCGUGCGCCGCCUCUACGUGAACCGCUUCGCCGGCUUCUUCGUCGGCGGCCGCAACGGCCCCGUGCACGGCUUCCUGCUCGACCACCCCCAGAUCCAGGGCAUCGUCGACGUCGACUACUCGUCCGCCGACGCCGCCACCGGCGCCGGCGCCGUCGGCAAGGCGCGUUUCCGCUCCCUCAUGCAGGCGGGCGUGCACGUCAGCCAGGCCACCAAGCACCCCCGCGGCGUGUGCCAGUGGUUCGAGGGCGGCCUCUACGAGAACGAGUUCAUCAAGGAGGCCGACGGCACCUGGCGCAUCCUCAAGCUCCGCUAUUUCCCCUUCUGGCACGGCGAUGUCGAGCACGGCUGGUCGUACAAGGUGGCCGGCUUCGUGCCCUUCAUGUCCAAGACGUUCCCCGAGGACCCCAUCGGUCCCGAUGAGGUUGUGCCCGAGGAGCAGUGCAUGAUGUGGCCUGAUACCCGUGUUGUUCCUUUCCACUACAACCAUCCCGUUACCGGGAACCCCGUCAGCGAUGUUGACAUGCAGGCGCCCCAGUACAAGGAUGAUCCGGCUGGGUGCAAGCCUGCGCUCAAGCUUGACGGGUAA